GGAUUUUUGCAUGGUUCCUCCGCCCUUGGGAAUCGCUUGCCCUCUGAUGGUCCGUAAGAAAAGGAAAGCAGAAGCUGUUCUGUUCCGUAGGCUGAAGAGGGUCCGGCACACGGGUGGGGACCGCUGGGCGCCCGUUUGGGUGCACGCGGAGGUUUUGCUGCUGGGUGUCUCCUAGCAUCAUCAAUCGGCGUUAAUUUACUUAAUUUGGAAAAUGGGAAACAGUACAUCCACUUCAACAGAUCUAUCGAGUACUGCUGCAGCUAACCAAAUAAAGGAAACUAUCUCAGACAAUUGUGUUGUGAUCUUCUCAAAAACAUCAUGUUCUUACUGUAAAAUGGCCAAGAAGCUGUUUCAAGAUAUGAAUGUGAAUUAUACUGCUAUUGAAUUGGACAUGUAUGAAAAUGGAAGUCAGUUUCAAGAUAUUCUUCAUCAGAUGACUGGUGGCAGGACUGUUCCCAGAAUAUUUAUCAAUGGAACCUUUGUUGGAGGUGCUUCGGACACUCAGAGACUUCAUCGGGAGGGCAGGCUGCUUCCAUUAGUUUAUCAGUGUCAAAUCCCAAGAGAAGGGAACCCUGGACAGCCGUACAGUCUGCAUUAGCCUUAAUAGAUUACCAUUAUGAAGGAACAUGAAGACUGUAUAUUUAAUUCCAUUCAUCCAACUUAAUUUAAUUCAUCCAAUAUCCAACACAGAUAUUUUGACUUUAUUUUUCUACAUAAGUACUUCUAACGCAUAUAGAUGUGUGCUAACAGCUUUGAAAAAGCCAUAUACUUUAUUAUGAUCUAGUAGAGCAUUCCCCAACUAGGAGCUCUCCAGUUGUGUUGGAUUUCCACUGCUAUCAUCCCCUAGCAACAUAGCCAUGCUAUUGGAUACUGAUUCAAGAUGUGGAGGAUAUCCAGUUGAGGAUGGUAGAUCUUAAAUGUCUUGUAUUCAGGCUGCAGGAUGGGAGUAAAUUCAUUGGAAAGAAUGGGGCUUGUUUCAGUAGACAUGUAGA